AUGGAAUAUAGCGAGGAAAUUUUUAAUUUCCUUUCCAUCGUCAUACCUAGUGGAAAGGGGGUUCAGCGCUGUUACCAAUCUCCUAACGAAAAAAGAAACAGACUGGACAUCAUAAGCCGAGGAGAUUUAAGAUUAACCCUUACAAAAUUGACUCCAAAAGUUGAUAAUUUAUUAUUAAAGUAUCAGAUUUGUACAAGCCAUCAAUUUUCCCAAACUACAAACCAUACAGUAUACAAGGAUUCCUCUCAUAUGACUGUCACACCAUAAAUCAUGCAUAAGAACCGAACAAAAUUUCCUGUGUAAGAUUCAUCUUACUACUGUGGACAGAAAUAUUCGCAAAUCUACCAACUUUGCAGUAACUACAAGAAAUUUUCUAAAAACACAAAAUGGGAAACGUUCAAACACACGGGAAUCUCAGAGAUACGGAAGUGGAGGCUCAAAUACCAAAUCGUUUAUCGAGAAUUACGUCGAACCUAAUUCUGUCGCUAAUUGAUGGGGACUAUUAUCCCUGUCUCAUUCUGAGACCAUCAACUGCAAUCAAGGAAGGAUUAGUUGUAUAUGUGUUUCAUAAAAAUAUGGAAACGGAAAUUCCUUCAAGGAAUAUCAUAGGUAACAUGAAAUGUCUGAUGCACUGCAACGUUAGUUACACAGACGAAAAUGGAAACACUGGUGAUGGAUAUGUAAGAGCAGUGAAUUGCAGUGAAGAUGGUCACCCGUUAAACUUCUUCAUAUGUGGCAAAAAGGAAUGCAAGUGGGUAUCCCUACCGUUUGUAUUUCUCACCAGAGAGCAAGCGAAGGAUCUGUGUUGAUAGUUAGUACUAAGUAGUUAUUCUUGGACUCGUUCACUUUCGGUAAUAAAGAUGCUUAAUAUC